CCUUGGCAACCAAACAGUCCACAACUGACGAGCAGUUAGUUUUAGCGAUAAAGGAGUUCAAUAUAUGGCUUAAACUUCCGUGAACGUGUUGAUCCAAAGAAGAAGAAUGGGUCCCAAGGCAAAAAGAUCACCAAGUAAAGGAAGAGGGAAAGGCAAAGGGAAAGGCAGGACCAGUCGGUCUUCUACACGUGCAAGUUCAUAUCACCCUGACGACAUCUUCCCCCUGGUCCUGACGUCUGCCACCCAGGAGCUCUUCAACUGCCGUAUUGAUGAAGACGUCACAGACAAGCACCCCUUCAAACUGCUCAAGAAAGACGACAUCAUCGACGACAUGAAGACGAGAGCUGCCAUUUCUGAUUUCAGCCCAGUGAAACACGCUGUGCUUGAUUACCCAGAGGAAGAGAUGCUGUUGGUUUUUGAUUCAAACUUCACUUACGGCCAGUGCUUCUACUUGGUUCUAACACCAGAAAGCAAGGAACGAAUCCUGAAAACCCCAGAGGCUGAAGAGCUGCUUGAGUCCGAAAAAAGACCAAAACUUUGGAUUCCUCUUGGUAGUGAGAAGGAAAUAGAAGAACCUAUCAAGGAAACGAGAGAAAAGCUGAGGCUCAAAUUAAGACUGGACCGGGAAGGUCAGUCAGAGGUCUGUUUUUCAGACCGCGAUUGUGCAGAGUCAAAGGACAGCCACUUGGAGUGUACUUCUUAUGAAGACAGUAAAUUCAAGAUCAAGAAACUGAUGAGUGAUUGCGGAGUGCAGGCUGUUCCCAUGCUGCAGACCAACGGUUGCCAGACAAUGAGGAUGGUUCCAAAGGACACGUUCACUCAGUAUGAACCAAGAGAGUUCAGCACCAAGGAAAAAGAAAUGAUUCUUAAAGAACAGAACCUGAGAGAUUUUUGUGGGAGACAGAUUCCCAGGAUGUUGUUUGCCCUGCAGCAGGAGGAGAUCAUAAACGUGUUUCUGGAUGACUGGAGGUCCCUGGCGACCGGGAUUGAAAUCUGUGACUGGUCAGGGCAGGUGUCUGAUACUCUGGUGCUCCAUCAGGUCUUCACAGAUCAGAAGUUCGCUAAAAACAAAACAAUUAGUUGCCUCAACUGGCACCCUACAAUACACGGUGUAGUUGCUGUAGCCCUGACAAAAAGACACAAGGAGCCUGCAGAGACGGCCUCCAGUCCUCCUCUCAUUGUCUUCUACAGCUUCUCUGACCCCUCUAAUCCCCAGUUUCUCCUUGAAUGCCCAGACGACAUUCUUGCAUUCCAGUUCUCCCCCUCCAAUCCAAAUAUUAUUGUUGGCGGCUGUAUAAAUGGCCAGAUUUUGUUGUGGGACCUCUCUGCUCAUGUCACCUACAUACAGGCAUCACAACCCAGCAGUAGAAAAGAUUCAACAAGUUCAGACAAGUUUGACCUUAACGACAGCAAAGAGAAUAUUCCCAUUGUGCGAUUCUGUGCGGUGUCAGCCUUAGAGAGCAGCCACAAAGCCCCAGUUACUGAUGUGCAGUGGCUGCCGCCAACAUUCGAGGUUACUAUUUUGGGCUUACCAGUGGAGAACAAGCAGAAAGUGUCGGUUCAGAUCAUCACCUGCUCCCCUGACUGCACUCUUCGUUUUUGGGACGUGAGACUUCCAGCUGUGUUUACGAACACGCCUACAGAGAGCACGCCGGCUGUCGACCAUAAGACCCCGAUGACGACCUGCAGCGUCCCUGAAACUUUCAAACACCUUGACAGGACAUGGAAACCAUUGUUCAGAGUUUCACUGUCAAAGAUUGAUACCAAAGGAGAAUAUGUUCCUAUGAAGUUCAGCUUUGAAAAUGUCAUCGCUCCUACAGACAUUAAGGGGACAGAGGUCUUUCCGGACUACAGCCAACUCAUGCUACCUGCAUCUGAAAAACUGAGGGAGAUGGACAGCAUCAACACCAAGUUUUUUGUUGGGACAGAGAACGGAGAGAUCAUUUACUCAGACUGGAAAAUGGAAAGCGACGACUCUGGGCGCCCGCACAGUUCCAAACCCUUCGCGUGUUUCAACACCCAUCACUGGCUGGUGAACACAGUGCAGCGAUCUCCAUUCUUCAAAGACAUUCUUUUGACAACAGGAGGCUGGAACUUUGCCAUUUGGAAAGAGGGAGUCAUGGACGGCCCGCUGGUUGCGUCGCAAUACUUUGAGCAGGAGUGCACGGUGGGAUGCUGGUCGCUGUCCCGGCCGGCUGUUUUCUUCAUUGGAAAAACAGAUGGCAGUGUUGAGAUAUGGGACAUGCUAAAAAACAGCAGUGAACCACUACAACUCCACGCUCACAUCAGCAAAAGCAAGAUUACCUGCAUGAAAGCCUGCAGUUUCACGGCCGAGCAGCACUUCCUGGCUGUUGCAGAUGAUCUUGGGGUUCUUCGUAUUUUUGAAAUACCAAAGGCCCUCUAUCUUCCUUUCGGGCACGAGGAUUUAAGCAUGAAGAGAUACUUCGAUCUUGAAGCAGAGAGUUUGAAGGACUAUUUAAAGAGAGAAGAAAACUGGACUAAACAGAAAAAGGAGGAGGAAGAAAUGAAGUUGAAACAGAAAAUGGAACCUGAAAAACCAGAAACGCCCCCAAAGGAAAUCCAGCGUCUGGACUUAACAGAGUACAGCGAUGACCUGAUACUAGAGGAAGAACUCUUACAGGACAUGGGCCUGUGGCCCAUUGCUGCAGAGUCGGAGAGGAAGAAUACCGAACAUCACCCACAUUCAUGAAUUUGUUUAUUGCCUGAUUUUUGUCCACUUUUGAUAUUGUUUGUAUAGAGAUUGUAUUUUUCUCCUAAAUGUAAAGGUUUGUAUUUUUAUUGUUUUCAAAAUAGUUUUUCUAAAUAACCAUAACUUUCUUUUUUUUGUCGUAUAUAUUUUAUUUAGAUCUAAAACUGUUUCCUCUUUUUAGCUUUACGUCUCACAUUUAUUACAAAUUGUGUUGCCUUUGUUUCAUAUGAGCUUUGAAAAACCUCUGUUUAUUGGUUUGGAAGCUAACUUCAAGAACUAUUUCUAAUUGGAGAUUCUUUUACGAUGUUAAGGCUUUUUCUAAUUAAACAUUAAAGUGUAGUUUUUCUGUUCUUCAAUAAAUUACAUUUUUUAAA